AUGAAGGAUCACUACAAUAAGUUUGCAUUUCCCAUUCGAUGGGAAAAUAUCGCACUAACUGACGUGCUCCAGGUGAAGUUGAAUGCCGCGAAGACCGCGAAGUUGAGCGAGAAAAUAUUAAACUAUGAAGGGUUUGGGUCUUUUCACUCUCCAAACGUUGACGAUCUUAUACGUUUACUUGAUGUUGAGUGCCAGACACCACCGUCGUUUUUUCCAUCGUUUGCUCGAAAGAUUCUUUCGAACCACGAGCUCAAGAGGCUUGGUAGGGCUUAUCCUGGGAUCGUUCAGGACACUGAAAAGGGGAUUUCAGGUCGAAACCAACCUAGGAACGCUUCGGACUCAUCUUUUCAUCUUAUGGAAUGUCUAAAAGAAUCGAAUUUACCUGAUAAUAUGAACCAAAACGGUGAAAGCAAAUGCGCUGUUGGCUCCUAUAGUGCGGAUCAGGAUUCUAAGCCAUCCAUUUCUAUCGACCCCAACGGCCAAUCCCCUCCUCAAAGCGAUUCCAUUGGUAUGUGCCCGAUGGGUCUUGAAUUUCGUGAAAAAUUCUUUGGAAUAACUCCCAGCGUGGUCUUUCUUAACCAUGGCGCAUUUGGCAGUGCAUUGAGUGGAUCGAUUGCUAUCAAGCACUGGUACGAAAGGGAAAUCGAAGACGAGGUGGUGGACUUCAUCGACCGAAGGCUUUUUGAGCUCCUGAUUUAUAGUAUUUCCAGGAUUGCGCGUUUUAUGCGGGCGCAUCCCACACAACUCGUGAUCGUGCCGAAUGCCACAUUUGGCUUGAAUUGUGGAAUGGGGCUGAUCACAAUGGGGGAUGUCGUGGCCUACAUCGAUACGGAGUAUUUGGCGGUGUUCAAUAUGAUAGUGCUUCGCUGUCAAGAGGUUGGGGCGACCCAUCACGAGGUGCUUCUUUCAAAAUACCUUCACGAUGAGGAAGUUAUGGGAGACGACGACGCCCUGACGGAGGCAAUUUGUAGCCAGCUUCCCCCGGGAUGUACAGUGAUGGUCCUUGAUUAUAUCACCUCCACAACGGCUCUUUGUUUUCCCAUCUUCACUCAUAUCAUACCCGCCCUGCGAAAGAAAGGGGUGGAUAAAAUUAUCGUUGAUGGUGCUCACGCGCCGCUUCAGGUUGAUCUUGACUUCGGUUCACUCCGACCAGAGUCCCAGCCUAGUGUGUUUACCGCGAACCUUCACAAAUGGUUUUCAUCGCCUAAAUCGGUUGGGGUUUUGUGGGUCCGCCAAGAAGACAUUGACAGGAUUCAGAGCGUGGUGCGCUCGCACGGUGCGACAGGUGGGUUUCAUUCAAAAUUCAUCUGGAGCGGAACCUGUGAUUUUGGUGCCAGUUUGUGCAUUCCAGCAUUGGUGGAUUUUUGGGAAUCCCAGGAUUGCAAUCGUAUUCGUCAGCACUGUACUAACCUCCUCGUUUCGGUUGUGGACAUGCUUACUCAGUCUUUUGGGACUCGAAAGGUCGCACGGAGAUCUCCGUUUAUGUCCCUUGUCGAGCUUCCCGAAACUUUCCAAAACAAAUUGAUCACUGCCCGACACGCCCAAGACUUGCUUCAUGAUUUCUAUAAGAUUGAGGUGCCUAUUAAAUCUGUGGAAGGAAGGCUUUAUGCACGUAUCAGCGUCUUUGUGUACAAUACGCCUGAGGAAUACGUCUACUUCCGAGAAUCUAUACUCUCCUUUUCAGCCCAGUGGUCUCAGUUUCUGAAGCACCAUGAGCAGGUUUGUUCUGUAUGA